CUAAUCAGCGAACAACUUCGGAGACGGAUCAUAUCUUCUCGAAGAAAAGAAAUACUCAACAUUUUUUCCCAUCCAUUGUGAAGACUUUUGCAAACGCGAAACAUGCUUUAGAAAUCUCUGAAGAGUUACUUGGAGUUUAUUGGCGUAAAACAUAAAAGGAAAGGAAAGGAAUGCAAGGAGAGGAGGAGUGAGUUCACUGCUAAAAGACGAGUCUGGAGCCAUGAAACUGAAUCCCCAACAAGCUCCGCUUUAUGGGGAGUGUGUUUUGACUGUUCAUCUUAACGAUGAGGAGGUGUGUUGUGCUGAGGGAAUGGAGGCGGAGGUGGAGUUCUAUCUUCUGUUCUCUGGAUCAAAGCAACAACAUCUUACCACCACGCUACGUGUCAGCCGUGUAACACUGCAAGCCAUGUGCCCAGCACAUGAUGUCUGUGAGCAGGUCCUGGUGACAUUAUGCUCAGCUCGACCCGAUGGAAUGGUUGUCCCACAUUCACAGGAGAGCUUCUACUAUGUACAGGACUUGGCUCUGGACAUGGCCCGCUUCCUGCUUGACAACACAUCACUAGAGGCCCUGUUCUUGGAUGACCAGCAGGUUUCAUUGAAAGAGUGUGAGAGACUGGACCACAGUCUCGUGCUGGCCUUGAAACACCUCAGCCUGCUCUACAAAUGGACUUCAGUAUCCUUGGAACCAUGGACACAUAUACACACAGAUCCAAAUAUCACAGACAUAGUCAUUAACACACAGCAGAAAACCCACUGUAAUACACACAUUGGUGAAGAGCCAGAUAAAAAAACAGUCACACAAACUGACUUAGCAACAGACACAAAUACACACACUGACAUUGACAGACAUAAUACUGAACAGAAAGAGACACACAUGAGAACAUGGAUGGACAGUUCAACUCCAUUGGAGAGCAGCAUAGAUCUCUCUCAGUGCCAGCAGCAGCCCACCCUGCUCCACUUGGCUGCCAGUCAUGGCCUGAAGAGAGUGGCAUCAUUUCUCCUCAAGCAGCCAGGGGGGAGGGAGGCAUUGAGGAAGACAGACGCUCAUGGACAAACUCCAGUAUGUCUGGCAAAGUCAAAGGGACACCAGCAUCUUUUAGAGCUCUUCACACAGUAUGAGACGUCAUUACCAGAUCAAGUGGAGCCAGAGGAUCAACUGCACAUUUACCCAGGUGGCCGAGUGUUUCAGCACCACCCAAGUCUUGGUACUUACACCUUAACACUCUCUACCCCACAAGAGAGGGAGGGACGAGAAACAGAGAUCAUUGUAAGCUGUUGCUUACAGGAAGAGGUGAAAGACCUAAGCGCAUUGGUUCAGCUUCACCAAGAAAACAAGGGAAAAUCAGAUCUUGGUGGUAUCUUCAAAUCAGCACCUGCCUCCCCACCCCUGACCUCUAAUCAUGACCUCAGCAGCCCUCCCUGUAGAGUGUGGCCUUGCUCUAAUGGCCAACCAGAGAGCAAGGAGGCUGCAGACAUGGCUGUGGCAACCAUAGAGAACUGUGGUAAAGCAAAACAGGAACAAGAAAGUCCUCCCUCAUUGGAGGGGAGAAAGCAAAGGGAGGGUUCUACCAUUUUCAGUCAUACAUCCUGUACCACAGGAAAUUUUUUUCAUAGGCAGGAAACAGGAGGAGAACAGGAAGUUACCCCUGCUGCCAACUGGUGUGUUGUGCGUAGCAGAAAAAGCAAAAAAAGGACUACAAAACACAGAACUAAAACUCUUGGAAAAAACAAAUCUACCAGAGAAGCUGUUGAAGGAACUGCAAGGACACAGACAGAGACUACAGGAAGUACACUGGGGACAGAAGAAGAAACAUUGUUACUCAUAGAACCGACGGUGGCGUUUGCAUCCAGUGAGGGGGAGUCCACAAAAAAUCCUAGUAGCGUUGGAACGCAAAGGACUCCAUUACCCAUAAAGCCAAUGCAUAGGUCAGGGUGUGAGGGGAAGUCGGUCGGUAGCAGGGCAGUUGUCUUGGUUACCACAACAGUAGAAAAACAGGAAGGAGAGAACUGGGAAAUUGACCUGGAGAGAUCUGAGAGAGACGUAGGGAGAAAUUCUCUGACAGAGACAAAGCAGGCAAACAUUAAAUGUCACCCAGCAAGACAAAGACACUUGAAAACCACACUGGACUUAGCUUCUGUAUCUAACAUAACAGAACAUAAUGUAACCAUGGGCCAGGACCAAUCCAAGGACCCCCCGGACAGCGAGUCAGACCAAGCAGAGCUUUGCCAACCUGACCUGAGGGACCAGAGUCCUAAGCUGGAGAGUAAACCGAGGAGAGUGCUAUGGCGAGAUGGAGGCUGGAUUGGAGCUGGAAUUGCAUCAGCCUCACACGGGCAAGAAAUCCUCCCGAACACAAUAUGGUAUCAGGAUGAAAACUCAGACCAGAGCCUAAAUGAGGGAACCAGAAAGGAUUUCCAUAGAAAGCAGCCAGUCUCUCAGACAGUUUGGUACACAACAGAUCAGCCAAAAAAUGGACAGCAUGAGCACAAAGAACUGACCUCUCCUCAAGCUUCUGGUCUUAGUACUCCACAGCUGUUUGAACAGGGCCUUAGAUUUCAUCAGCUGUCACCAGCUCUUAGUCAGACCCAUGGCACUGGAAUACAGCCAGCACCGUCACAUGUAGCUGGUGCACAAAGACAGGAAGUACACAGAUCACAGCAGGAGGAGGAAGUAGGGGAGGAGUGGAAGGAGGAAGGAGUGGACAGAGAUGGAAAGGAGGUUGAAAACAGGGAGAAGUCUAACUACAGAGAGAUCAGUAAAAGAGCAGAGACAGAGGAGACCGGAGAAGAGAGGCAAGAGACUGAAGGGAGAGGGGAAAAGGGCAGGAGGAAAAGGAGAAAAAAGAGGGGAAAGAAGGGGGGCAUGGAUGCCAAACUUAGCUCCAGCUCUAGCAUAGAGUCGCAGAGCCAGAUAGAAAUACAGACACAGAGAAAGAAAGUGACUGAACAAAAUACUCAGCGAGAAACAGAAAGACCGUCUGAUACACAGGCAGAGGCCAAGACUCAAACAGGAAGGGCUGACGUCUACUCUCCCAGUGUUUCUGAGCUAGUCUGGAGAAAGGAAGCCAGCAACAGCACAAUGCAUCUGCCCAGGCAGACAGAGGGUACAAGCAGGAACUCUCAUGGACUUGAUCAUGAAUCUACAACCGCAAAUUCUUGUGGUAAUGCUCAAGAACCGGGUCAGAUAGACCUAGGGAUAACAGAAAUAUCACAAUUUCCAGCUUUACAGACAUUGGAAACAAUGGAAUUAUCAGAGGAUGAGAGCAUGGAUAUUCAUGGACCUAAUGGUGACCACACAAACCCCAGCUGUCGUAGCACUGCACCGGAAUUUGGUCCAGUGAACCUAAGAAAAAUGGAAAAUUUUGAACUUACAGCUUUGCAACAAUUUGGAAAGGAGAAAUUAUCAGAUCCUGAACUUGUGGAAUCAAAUUUUGUCAAACCUGUACAACCCAGAACAUCAAUGGACCAUAUGGAGUCUUCCCAGUUAUUAGAAAACAAGGAUAUUACUACUGCUGUUCAAACUGUAGCAUCAGUGGACCUGACUGGUCUGGUGGAGUUUAACUGUGUAAAGGAACUUCCUCUCACAUAUUCAGAUUCUACAGAAUCCAGAAAAGGUAUUUUGGAAUUUCCUGAAUAUGAUACAAGACAUAUAGAAUCUAUUAACCCUUCCAGCCCAGGACCACCUCUGAAGCAUUUGAAGUUUAUGGGAAAACCUAUAGAAUGUAUAGGAUCUGUGCAACCAUCAGCAGCUGUGGGAUUUAUAGACCCUUUGCAAGUGAGAAGUCUGCCUUUUGAAUGUACAGCAGAUGCUUCACCACUUAAAAUACAGGAAGGAAGCACUGAUGAAACUACAAUAGAAUAUUUACAAGAUUGUUUGGCCUCUGAGGGCAAGAAAAAGGGAGAAGCUAUGAAAAAUGAAGAGAGGAAAUGCAUGCUUUCUGCAGAAUUGGUAGCCAAAAAUCAGAAUUCUGAGAGGAGAGAAGAAAAAGAGAAGCGAGAAGAGAUGGGGGUCAAGGAGAAACAUGGCAAGGAUUUAUCCUCCACACACAUAGAGAGAGAGGAAAGGAUGGAAGAACUUAGACAGAGUGAGGGAAAUAGAAGUGAGGACACAGAGAAAGAACAGAACUGUACUGAGGAGCUAGCGGCUACAGCAGUCGCACUUGUCACUGUAGCCAUAGCAUCGGCCAUUGCCAGCAUAGAACUGAGCCAAGGGCUAGCAGACAGUCAAUCAGAAAGCAAGCUAGCUACACAGCUCACUAGCAAAGAGGAAGGUAAUAAUCCACCAUCAGCACAGGAUACCAAAGUACAAACUGAGACAGUAACCCAGCUUACAGAGGUGUUCGAUAUUCAAAGAUCUACACAACUGAGCAGCAAAGGCCAUGCUUAUAGUGAGCUGCCACUUGUAUCUCACACAGUCACAUCUGAAUUGAACACCAAAUUAGCAUCUGAGACAGAAAACCAACUCUCUAAAGAGCCACACAUUAAACUCCAUACACAGUUCACUAUCAAAGAACAAGCAAGUGUUCAACUGUCAAAAGAAACUGUACUGUUGACAGAGAUUGACAUGCAAAGUAAAACACAUGAUAACCUGUCAACUGACAGAGAAAACCAACCCACAACACACCUAAAUAACAAAGAGCAGGCUAAUCUUGACCUGCCAGUGUUGACACAGCUUCACAAAGAGGGAACUGAACCAGCAACAACUAGAGAAAAUGAACUUUGUUCACUUCAUAAAAAAGAGGACCGCUUAGUGCAGGGUAACAUAAAGUCUUUACCAGAUGCAGAUGAAAUAUUGACCCAGGUAAACAUCCAAAGCCACAUGCAGACAAAGAUCCCCCACCACCAAGACAGCCAAAUCCCCUGCCCUGUUGUAGACACAGGAAAAUGUCCACAGAUCUCUGACAUGGUCCACUCCCAGCUUAAGAAUCUCAGAGAGUUUAGUGGUCUCCAGUUUUUAUCUGAAGAUCAAUGCUGUUUAAAUUCACAUUUCCAAGAAAAUAAGAUGCAUAAAACAGCUGACAGUCACCUUUCAUUAUCUGUAUCUGCAACUCAGGGUAUCGUAAGCGGUCCAACACAUGUGCAGGAUGAUUUAGACAGUAUCAACACAGAAUGUGAGGUGGAAGGCAAAGGGACUUGUGAAGAAAGCUUCAAUGACACACUAAACUCAGACUGUCAGGCUGCAAAGUGUGAAGGUGAUCUACACCCAGACAGCCAGGGCGAGAGGCUACAUGUUCAUGAUGUCACCUGUUGUGAUAAUGGGGUCAAUUCCUCUGCAUUGCCUCCUCGUGGGACACCUUACGCAACUCCCUGUGACUCACUCUAUAUGGUCUCUUCAAAUCCAGAAUCAGAGGAACAGACUGCUCCUGUGAGUCUUGAAAAUAAGGGAACCCAGUUAUCCCAGUCACUGGCUGAGAAGGGGCUUGUUGCCACCACCCAUUUUGAGACUUGUACUGCCACAUUCCCUUGUGAGGGUCACCACAGUGUCUCUAUGGAUAAUGAGGAUGGCUUAUUCCAAGGCCUAGCAAAAGAAAUGGACACUCAGGAUACAGUGACUGGAUGGAGGGAGAAAGAAGCAAGGAAGAACAGUGAAGAGGCAAACAGAGAUGCAGCUAUAGCACAUGACAGAUCACAGAUGGAGCCAGAAACUUUACCAGCAGCAGCAGAACAGCUUCAACAGACCAAGUCGGACACAGCCAGCACACACUAUCUGGAGAUCCAGCGGGACAGAGAGACUCUCUGCCUUCUUCAGCCCUGCCCUGAAGACAAUACACCAGUCACAGCAUGCACAGCUCUCCAUCCAGCCAGCCAUCCAGACAGAGAGGAGUGUGUGUCGGUGUGUGUGUUACAAAGAGACACAGUGGUCAGCGAUAAUGUGACAGCCAGUGCUGAAUUAGAUGAUAUGGUCUUUAAAAAGCUUGAAGAGCCUGUGCCCAGGUCUGAGGGCAGAGACAGGGAAAUGAAUGUCUCCUGGUCCUCAACAGAUGAUUCCUCCUUCCAGGGGCCUUUCAGUGCCUCAUCUCUGCCCAGCCAGGGUGCUUUGUCAGUCGGAGGAGGAGGAAUGGAAGGAGGAGGAGAGGAGGAGGAGAGGCAAGACCAGCUAACAGAAAAUCCUGUCUCCUCUGCCAUCUUUGGUGCGUCUAUCUGUUCCUUGUCUCCAUUCCGCCGUCACAGCUGGGAGUCAGGAAGGAACAACGCCACAGGAGAGACUGACAUGAUAAACCGCAGUUCACUGAAUAGCCUGUCAGUGGAGGUGAAAAGAACCAAGCCACCUCUCCACAGGAGAAGUAUGAGUUGGUGUCCGUCGAACCUGGCUCAUCCUAAUCAAGAGCAAAUAGACAACAGAAGCUACAGUUUGGAGGGUCUGGAGGUGGAUAAGAGAGCAGGACAGAUCACCUGCCCCAGUCAGGGUGUGUCUGAUCAGGAAGAGAGAGCAAGGGGUUUACUGCAUCCGGACAGCCAGGAGAGGGGAGGCUCACUGGUGUCCCUCACUGAGGAAGAGCAAGAAGGAGACACAAGCAGCAUCGAUAGUCAGAGCCCUCACCAAGUCCUGACAAUGACAACCAGCUGCCCUUCCAUGUUCCACCACCAAACCCUCACCAAAUCCAUCUCUAUGGUUGCAAUCAGCCAGCGGGAAACAGAUGGAAUGAGCUCUUUCUCCAGUACUGCUGGGUCAGCAGAAUACAGUAUUUCAGAGGACAAGCCAGGCCCAUUAAGAAGCGACACUGAGGGAAGAGGAGGGACCAAAGUCAGUAGGACGUUCAGCUACCUCCGCAGCAAGAUGAGCAAAAAAUGCAAGGAGAAGGACAAGGAAAGGAGAGUAGAGAAAGAGCGGGAGAGUAAAGACAGAGAAAAGAAGAUGGCAGAUGGUCAUGUCUUUAUUCCAGUCAGUCCCUCCCCCUCUACCACCUGUCAACAAUGUACCAAACUUCUCAGUACCAAAGAAGCCUUCCUCUGUAACAACUGUGGUGUCCAUGUCCAUAAAAACUGCAAAGAGAGUCUGGCUGUCUGCACCAAGGCCAAAAUGAGGCAGCAGUCAUUGAUGCCAGAGGCUGUUCAUGGAUCAGCUGUUAACACCAGGAAUAAAUCUACAUCUUCAGCAUCGUCUGUGUCAUCGUCAUCAUCGUCGUCAUCACGGGAACAUUGGUCCAUGCUGACCAGCCCUGAAGACCAGCUGGCUUUGGUGUUUCCACGGAGAAACCCCAGCAUUUUAUCCUUUAACACACACAGCAACUUGGCCAAGAGCAUCUCCACCAGUAACAUAGCAGGGCUAGAUGAUGUACCUCUGAAAGGCCUGAAGUUUCUGUCCCAGUCCACUGACUCUCUUCAUCAGGGAGGCAAAGUCAGUGCUUCCAUCGAGUCACUCACUGAUGAAGGUACAGAACUAAUUGACAGUCAGUUGAUGGGAGAGUUUGAGUGUGAGGUGAAAGAUUUAGAAGCAGAUUCAUGGAGCGCCACGGUGGAUAAGAAGUUCCUGAAAAUGCUCAAGAAGGAUGAAAUCAAGAGACAAGACGUCAUCUAUGAGCUGUACCAGACAGAGUUCCACCAUGUGAGGACACUGAAGAUAAUGUCUGAAGUUUACUAUAAAGGCAUUCAGAAAGAGCUGCAGCUGGACAGUCAUACUCUGGAUAAGGUUUUCCCCAUGUUAGAUGUCCUGUUGGCGACACACACACAGUUCUUCAGUCGUCUUCUAGAGCGAAGAAGAGCCUCAUCAGCUGAGGGGCAGAGUGACAAGAGUUUCCUCAUCCGCAGUAUUGGUGAUGUUCUUGUCAAUCAGUUUUCAGGCUGCAAUGCUGAACAAAUGAAGAAAGUUUAUGGGAAGUUCUGCAGUCGCCACAAUGAAGCAGUAAACCUCUACAAAGAGCUACACACCAAGGAUAAACGCUUCCAGGCUUUCAUAAAGAGGAUAAUGAGUAACAGUAUUGUUCGAAGGCUCAGUAUUCCAGAGUGUAUUUUAUUGGUCACCCAGAGGAUCACCAAAUAUCCUGUUCUGAUCCAGAGGAUACUCCAGCACACUAAAGACACAGAUGAAGACCAUGGUUCUAUCUCUGAUGCCUUGUGCUAUGUCAAGGAGCUUCUCACCACGGUGGACAGCAAAGUCAAUGAGCAUGAGAAGAAACGGCGACUGAGGGAGGUCUACAGUCGCACAGACAGUAAGUCCAUCAUGAGGAUGAAGAGUGGCCAGAUGUUUGCCAAAGAAGAUCUGAUCAGAGGGAGGAGGCUGCUUCACGAUGGGGCACUACAGCUGAAAAACUCUGCUGGACGACUCAAAGAUGUCCAUGCCAUGCUUCUGUCUGAUGUGUUGGUGUUUCUUCAGGAAAAAGACCAGAAAUAUGUCUUUGCCUCUUUGGAUCAGCGCUCUACAGUCAUCUCUUUACAGAAGCUGAUUGUCAGGGAGGUGGCUAACGAGGAACGAGGUCUGUUUUUGAUCACAGCUGGAAUAGAAAGACCAGAAAUGGUGGAGGUGUUGGCUAGCACUAAGGACGAGCGCAACACAUGGAUGGCCAUUAUACAGGAUGCCAUGCACUGCAUGGAGAAAGAUGAGGAUGAGGGAGUUCCUAGUGAGACGGAGGAGGACAGGAGGCAACAUGAGAACAGAGUAAAGGAGAUCCGAGAGCUGCUACGAAAGAAAGAUAAGCAAAUCAUUUCCUUAUUGGAGGAGAAGGUCCAUAUCUUCAGAGACCUCAGUGACUAUAAUUCCAUCCCUGACAAUACAAACCCACCAAUCAGGGAGCACAUGCUAUUCAGGGCCAGGACUGAUGAUGUCACAAGGGGAGAGCCAAUCAUGAAGGGCGCCCUGAGGGAAGUUGAGACACUGCAGGACUUAAUUAACAGGGGCCUUUGCGGAGCAGGGUGCAGUACUCCAGUUUGCUUAACAGGAGGCACUAUAGGACCAGUGUGUCUGCCCAGGAGAGCAGAGACUUUUGGAGGCUUUGACAGUCAUCAGAUGAACAGCAGCAAGAAUGGAGAGAAAGAAGAAGGGGAUGAAUCACUGGACCUUCGCCGGACUGAGUCAGACAGUGUGUUGAAGAGGGGAGCCACAACCAGCCUACAGAUGUUGCUCAAGAGAAAUAAUGAGCAGGUCCUGCACAGCGUCACAAAUCUACAUGACCUGCUCACUUCACUUAAGGCUGUGGUGGUCCAGCAGGACUCACUGAUUGAAGACCAACGCCAGGCCCUUACGGAACGGCUCACCACAAACUCCUCAUCCUCCAGGCAUUCUUCAUCUUCCUCUUUAUCGUCGUCUUCCUCCUCCCGCCCCUCCUCCCUCAUAGAGCAGGAGAAGCAGAGAAGUCUGGAGAGGCAGCGGCAGGAGGCUGCCAGCCUGCAGAAGCAACAGGUUGCAUACCAAGAAGAAAGAAGACGACGAGAGAAAGAAUGGGAGAUAAGGGAGAAAGUUCUGGCAGAGAGGGAGGAGAGGCUAAGGGAAGAGGAAGAGAGAGCUGCAAAGAAGCACAAGGAGCUUGAGGAUGAGAGAGAGCUGCUUGUCAGGAGGAAAGAGGAGUACCAGAGAGACCUGAAGAGGCUGAGCGAGGAACAGAGGAGGCUGGAGAGAGACAAAGAAGCCCUGAGGAGAGACACUGAGAGACUGGAGGCCACGAGGAGAGUGGAGUCAGGCCAGCUCCAGAGAUACCAGCGGACACCGUCCACCACCUCUGAAGAUUCUCUGAGAUUCCACAGCUCUGGGUCUCUGGACUUUGAACCCAGAGAAGGAGCAGAACAGCUGAAAGAGAUGGAGGUUUCAUCUUCUGCCCCAACCAAGGAACCUUUCCUUCGCAUCGGAUCCAAGAAGAUGGGAAAAAACUUCAAUCCCUUCUCUUCCUCCUCUUCCAAGAACCAAGGAGCUGAGAAGGAGUGUCAGCUCCCUACCAGACUCCUCCAGCUGGCCAAACCCAAAGAGAAGAAAGAGAAGAAGAAAAAGAGGAAAGGAGGAGAGCAAACACAGACAGAAGGCCAAGUCACUGUGAUGUCAGAUCCUCAGAACGAUGGAGACAUCUUCUUCUGCUGAGACUAUGGAAAGUGGCAACAUCUGUUCUUUACAGUUUGAAUUCCAAACCACCAGGCAACUGCCUAGUCUAGCAGCCUAGACCUGACACAGUUUUAUUGUGUCAGGUGUAUUCAACAGGUAUACACAAGGGCCACGUCUACCUUUGCUGACACUGUGGACAAUCUGGACUCCACACUGUCCAAACCUUUUUGUCAGAGAGCUGGUCUCAAAUAUGCCUGGGACCCGUAAUGGAUGGUAAGCCUACUCCUGGUAGGUCCCCACAUGACAAGAGUCACAACGUUUUUAAUAAGCCUGAUUUUCAAGAUGGGAGAGUGAAUUACCUGGAGAAGUCAGACUGUUGGGACAAGGCUGAUGAUUUCUUCGUUAAUGUGCCAACGGUAUCCCUUGCUGUGUGACUGAAGAAUCGAAUGCCCUACCCUGCGAUAGAAAUAUGAGGAGAAAGGAUGAGACAAGAGCAAUGUGAGGAAUACCAUAGGAAAAUAUUUUUUCCUUCCAGAUAUUGUGAAGCAAUACUGUAAGAGAUCUUUGGACAUACAUUAAAAUUACUUCAGGUGUGAAGCCUACCCCAUGGUGCUUUGAGUCAAAUCUCUAGAAUAAUUUUUAAACUGCAGCAAAACUUGAGAUGAACCGGGUGGGCUGUCUCUGUCGUGUCGUAUUGCUGAUGCUAACUUUAAAUGUUUAUUGUGCUGGUUGGUGCCCACCUUACCAUGGUAUAUGGCUGGUAGGUUUUAAUGAAACUGAAUCCCAGGUUGAAAGACUACAUUUACACAGCUUGUGUGCCAAACUGAAAAAGUUUAAGAGCCCUGGGUCAGAACUGUAAUUGUUCUGCUAAGUUGUGUAAAAAAAAUAACAUUUUUGUUAUACAUCAGUGUUGGUUUCUUAAAAUUUAACACUUUUUUUGCCUGUUAAAGGACCACACCAGUGAUUUUGCAUGUUUAGCAUAAUAUCUACAAAAUGUUUACACUUUGUUUCUUCUUAUCUUUUCCCAAAGAUUGUAUUUUAGAACUAUCAUGUCAUUUUUCCUGUUUUAUCCAGCAAGUGGUUUCCAUUCAUUCCAUUACAAUAUGAAAAUGAACUUUCAGAAACUUAUUCACUCAUUUGCUAUAGUAAGUUGUCCACAUUGGUUUCCCUCAAAACAGCAGCACUGUUGUAUUUUGAUGACUUGAAAUUGGGCGCCAUGAGAUGAUGUUUCAAAAAUUUGAAUUUUAAAAUCAAAGGUUUUAAUUUUUGUUGCAGUGUAAAAUGUGGGUAAAUUGUAGGAAAUGGGGCAAACAUUCAAAAUCACUGGUGAAGUCCUUUUAAGCUGAUAAAGAAGACCACACUUAAAUUGGACCUGGGUUGCAGCAAAUGAUAUUUUGUAUAGUUUGUAACCCCUGAACACUUGGUUGCUAGCCAUCAGAGAGAGACACACACCAAGUUAAAAGAGUAAGUCUCUCUCUGUGUCUGUGGAAUAGUGUUAAACUGGUAUUUUUCAAACUGUGCCCUAUUUUGCCACCUUUCGGGGUCCAAGUGACUGAUAGGGACAAUUUUUUGGAAAUGGUCUAGUACUGAGCUAGAUCGGUUCAGCUGGCUGUGGCAAAUCAGGCUGCAAUGUAAUAAGAAGGGGCAAGUUUGCCAGUCACAUAACGUCCACUGAAAGUGCUUCUUUUUGCCACUGACAGGCUCACAUUGUUUGACAUCAUUAUGGAAAGGAUCCCUACAAAAAUAGCCAUGUUUCUACUACCUUAAAAGAAGUCUAACUCUAGGAGAAAUUUUGUGUGAGGUGAGCUGUUGCAGGAAGACAACAGUAGAAAUUUGAGAGUUGGAGAGAGGAGUCACUAGGAAGAGUUUAUUGUUUUGAAAUACAGAAAACAUAGGGUUUGUGUUUUUCCAUUUCUAAUGUGUGGCAACAAAUGACACACCACACAUUGCACAUCAGACUACAUUUGUUUGACAGAGACCCACUGAAGUUGUGGCCAGUUGUGCCACAAAUGGAUCCAUCCAAAUAGACACUCCUGUCUGUACACUGUGCUUUGUAGACCAUAGAGUCUACAGUGACCAUUUUGACCGGGAUAAUAAAUGCCCACCAAAGAGGAGAAUAAAUCCAAAACCAAAGCACAAAGCGGAGGACCUGCUGCCAAAACAGUGGAGGUGAUGUUUUUAGAUGUAAAGAAAAAUGUCUAGCUCUGUAGAGAUUCUUUCCAUAAUGUUGUCAGAAACUUAUAUCAAUCUGAAUCUAUCAGUGGCAAAAAUAAGCACUUCUAGUGGACGUAAUUUGACGGGCACCCUUGCCCUGUGUGAUUACGCUGAAGCCCAUUUAGCAGCAGCUGACUGAAACAGUCCACCUGAAUACUCGACCAAUUGGAAAAAUAUUUGUUCCUAUCAGUCAUUUGGACCCCAAAAGGUGAAAAAACACAGUCCAAGAUGAAAAAUAAUGGAAUUACCCUUUAAGGAAAGAAGGAGAGAGAAAGGUGCCUUAAGUAUGUUAUUUUUCACUUUUUUGUAUGUGGUGAUGGAAGACUUCACAGUGUAGUGACAUACAGACUGAGCAGAUUUCCUUUGUACCAUAAUCAGAUGAAACCAGCUUCUCAAAAUACAAUACUACCUGAUUUAGAGAUACAGUGCAUUAAGAAAGUAUUCAGACCCCCCUCACUUUUUUCACUUUUGUUAUGUUGAAGCCUGAUGCCACAGUCACUUAACUCAUUUUUUCUCUCAUUAAUCUACAUUCUGAAAACAGAAUUUUAGAUUUUUCUGCAAAUUAAUUAAAAAGGAAAAACUGAAAUAUCACAUUGACUUGAGUAUUCAGACCAUUUGCAACAACACUUAAAAUUUAGCUCAGGUGCCUCCCAUUUCUCUUGAUCGUUGCUGAAAUGUUUCUACACCUUGAUUAGG